CGACAAUUCUGGGAACUCUAACAAAAGGCUUCUGUGGGCCUUCGAUCUCAAAGACACUUACUGGCGCCAAGGUCACCCUCUCAAUGGAGAUGAUGUCGGAGCUUAUCAUGAAGUCACUCCCAUUCUCAACAGUCGGAAAAAUGAAUGUACCUUUGCAGCUUUUCACGAAGCCACUACUCUUCCAGAUGCCAUUCGAACCAAGGAGAGAAGAGCGAAAGACUGUGGUUGUUUUCAAUUGGCUCCAAGUUGACACCAAAUGUCCAUCACAAAGCCUCACCAAGACAUGUAGGAACACUAGGAGUCCCUCAGUCUGGCUUCUGCUCCUUACCAGACGUCGAGCUAGCUAUUGCCUUCGUGAGAAGGCUGGCGGACAUUGACAACCAAGCCACAGCACGGCAUCUUAUCAACUGACGUUCGAAUUCGAUCUCAAACACAAGAUGCACCCACCUCCCAAGCUAAA